UAUGCUUUCUUCGAUUAAAUUUCAAGUAGUCGGGGCGUUAUAUGCCAUUUGCAUCAUUCAAAAUAAAAACGUUUGCGUUUAUAUAUUCGGUAAACUAUUUUUUUUUCCUAAACAAAUUCGAAAAGCUUAAGAAAUGAAUUGUAAGAGUAACAAAAUGGCAAAAGUAAAAAUACGCGUUCGAAAUGUCUGGUUUGAACCUGACUUGAGUACGGAGGGUAUUUACCUUUGCCCCAUGCCCCAACCACCUCAAGCGCCAGCUGGUGCAUUGUGGUUUACAAAUUUGAAACCAUACGAACGGCUUUUCUACCAUCAGACAUUGAAUUCUGUACGGAAAAGUAAACGUUUUCUUGCCACACCUGAGAUACCCAACGACUCUUUGGAUUUCCAGCUACAAUCACGGUACGAUCACUCCAGUGAAAUAUUUCCAGAGCGUGUAGAUACACUAUUGCAAAGAGAAACUUGUGCUUGUGAAAGAACCGAUGAUUCACCAGAUGGCACAGUGGAAUUGAGUUCAUUUCGAGUACUUAAAAAUGUGAAGACGGUACAGUUACCCGCCGGUGACAAUCAAGAUCAUCCACUAAAAAUUGGUGGAAUUAAAGAAAAAAUUUCACCACAUAGCGUUAAAUUGAUCAAUAGUGGUGUACACAAUCAAUUGGUAAACAACGGUUUUUCACGACAAACUGGGGACGGAAAUUUUUUCCGAUAUUGACGGAGAUGAUCAUUGCCGUAUUCCAUGCAGUUUUGAAAAAUAUCUUUUUUUUUAAGAUACAUUAUUGAUAGUUCCAAAGCUUGUCCAAUAAAAUUUGCCAUGUUAAAAAUCAAA